AUGAAAAACGACAACGAAUACGUAAGAUACGCUGUCGAAGCACUGUGGGAAGACGAUUGCAGCUCAUCAGUGCAAGAAACGGGACGGUACCUGGCAUCAGCCGCACGUCCUGGGACCCGACUUGAUCUGUGGUCAAACGGUCGACAGAAAGUCGACGCUCCGGAAGAAUGUGGUUCCGGCUGGAGCAAGAAUCUGGACCCUCGGUCGGCGAAAUCCUUUACAGUCCUGUGCAACCUGACCUGA